UGUAACAUCAUCUAAUCCGAGGUACCAGGUAGCACUGUGUAGUGGUAGAGGGCUGUUUCAGGAACAAAACCCAUGCACAGUACUUUCAUUAUUUUGAACACAUUAUAUUAAGGAAUCUUCCUUUGUACAAGUCGUUUCGUUCAGGUAUGGGAGUAAAUAAAGCUUUUAAUCGUUAUUGCAGAUAUUUUCGUACGAAAUGUCCGUAUUGCAAGAACUUUCAGAAAGAGACAAGCAAAGAAGACUUGUUUCAGCAACAAUGACAGACUUUGAAACGCCACAUUAGACAUCUAGUUUGUGAACAUCGCUUAGUUUAAUUCGUAUGGGACGGUGAACAAGCGGGAUGCACUGUUUUGAGCAAAAGGAUCCGCAUCAGAUCACGAGCCAUGCCAAGCCAAGGUUUACCUGAAUACUUUUUCUUCCAUGAAAACGUGAACUCACGUCGAUGCGUGGAAAUAUUGCAAAAUGGUUUCAUACAGAAGCUUAAGGCAAGCCUCUGCCACUUCACUCUACUAUGUGACUUCGGAUUUUCUGCACACUGUUUUCGGCCCUAGUAUUCUCAUAUAGGUAUCCCGAGAGUAACAACUGUGGGCAAUUUUGACACUCCCCUUAUUCCAGACUUUAAAUAAUGUGAAUUGUUCGUGUGGGAUUUGAUGAAAGAGAGGCUCUCAAAUGAAAAAUGUAAACACGUUGACCCAAGAGUUAUGAUUGUCCAGUCGUGCAGAAAAUUUUCGGCGACGUCAUGUUAUGAUCAUUUACCCACGUUUCAAAGAAGAUGGGGUUAUGUGGAACAUGUGCUUAGCUAAGGAUAUUUAUCAAGAAAUUCUGCUUCAGGUUCUCUAAGUUUUGUAACAUUUGGGGCUUAAACUACGAGUUUUAAGUGUUAACAUUUCGUGCACCAACCUGUAAAACACUGAACAGCAGCAGGUACAAGAUUUCUACUUAAAGCAUUCAGAUCUGUUUGUUGCCAAGAUGCGUGUGAAGGAGAUAUGUGAUGUGAUCUGUACUCAGUAUUGUUUUGGUUGAGCUUCCGGCAAUAUUAAGCAUACAAGACAUACAGACACUGCUUCAUGUGAAACAUGGCCCUGAGAUCGUUACUGUGUUGUUGGAAAUUACUUGGCAUUUUUAAAAGGAGUUAUGGAGAACGCAGGGGUGUUGGUUUUGUUGUUGGCAGCCCGCAUCUACUACUGCAUGCCUGUGCUGGAGGAUAACUCAUUGGAUCCUGAAGAUGUGGCAGUAUUGUACGACGAAACAGUUGCAAAGGAUACAGGCGAGAGAGUGGCUGCCUGGAAGAUGGACAGCGAAGUGAACCCUGAGGAGAUGGGCUUGUACCUGGAGGGCGAUAUUAUGACACCCAAAUCUCGCAAUGGGCUGACAGCCCAGACCGCGCGUUGGCCUGGGGGAAUCGUGCCGUACGAGAUGGGAAGUUUCUUCAAUAACGGUGACAUGGCGAUGAUCAAGGCUGCAAUGGACGAGUACCACAAGAAAACGUGCAUCCGUUUUGUACCUCGACAGCCCGAGCACAAAGACUACCUCGUGAUCGAAAGUUCCCACUCUGGCUGUUGGUCGUCCGUCGGGCGCGUAGGCGGCCCUCAGAGGGUGAAUUUCCAGAGCCCUGGCUGCCUGAGUACUGUGGGGACCCCAAUUCACGAGCUCAUGCAUGCUGUGGGCUUCCUGCACGAGCAGAACCGUGUUGAGAGGGACAAACACGUCGUCAUUCAUUGGGAGAACAUCUUGCCAGGCCGCGAGAACAACUUUGAUAAGGCCAAGAAGGGAUAUGCAGACGGGCAAGGAGUGAACUAUGACUAUCGCAGCGUCUUGCACUACUCUUCCGGAGCGUUCUCAAAGAAUGGCCUACCCACCAUAGAGCCCAAGAUCACUGGAGUUGAAAUUGGCCAGAGGAAGGGAUUCAGCCGUGGAGAUGUGCAAAAGAUUCGCCAAAUGUAUAAGUGUUCUCAGCGUCCACCUGGUGCUUGAGUACAGUGUUUUCAGUGUUUCUUUUUCAGCAGUUGAUAUCUACGCUCAGGACCCUAGACUAACUCUAUACAAGGUCACUGGGAUGUAAUAUAACAGCGUGUUAUUUAUUUUCCUGUCACCAUAUUCAGCAAGGAAUAUGUGACUUGUGUUUGUUUCAAACUGAACUGAAAUUACUCGAAAUGAAAACUGACAAAUGUCUCCUGAUUUCUGAACAAUAUAAAUUGUUUUAUAAAGAUUGAUACAACACAUUUGGAGAUUUUUUUACGAUUCGAUUUAAUUGAGGACAUAAAACAUCUUUGAAAAUUUCAGGAGGAAGUUGGAAUGUUUAUCUGUAUUAACCGAUUAAAAUACAUCGUUUUAUUUCCUUAUUUUACGAAAGGAAUGCAUUCCUUGAGAGUCAUUCAUUAAGCAGAAAAUACAUUAAACUGAAAUUAAUUUUUGAUUAUUUAAAGGAAGUACUGAGCGAUACAGUGGCCUGAGUUGCUAUGUGUAUGGGUAGUGAUGAUGAUAAUUCAGUCAGAUAAAAUUUAAUAAUAUAAAUGUAUGGAUUAAUUAUCAUUAAGAAUGGAAAUCUCAAAUAAAAAAUGCAUUAGUAAUAUAAAGGAAAAUAGGAGACAUCAAAAUUAACUGAUCCUUGAUGACAGGUUGUCAAUAGUAGAAUUUAACGGCUCUUAUUAGACACAUGGCGUGCUUUCAUUGAAGAGAAAUCGCUACAUGUACCAAAAAGUGGCUAUUGGUUUUUAAUAUGUAUUAACUAAAAAUUAUUUAACCUAUGUUAGUGUAUUUCAAAACAAUGAAAUAGAAUUCUGAUGCCAGUUUUAUUACCCAGCUGUCUUUCAUAAUUGCAGAGAAGCAAAACACGUGUUAAUUAAAAAUAUCAUAACAUUUGUUUUGAAUUUUUAUAGAAUGGCAUUGUGAACAUAGUUCAAACUAAAUUAAAGUUCCUAGGUACACAACUCCUUCAUGUUAUCUGUUAUCUGUUUGCUGUUUAAUGAUAAAAUAAUUAUUUAAAGUGGCACGCAUUGAGACAAAUGUGAAGUAAGUAUAUACAUUUUGGACAUUUGGUAACGACAGUGUUAUCAACUUCCAGCUUUUCCCUUAUUUUGUACGUGAUGUUCGUCAUCAAUUUCUUUAUUUAAUCGCUUAUUUGGAAUUAAUUUAUUGUAUAUUGAAAUGUGUUAUUUUAAUAUAUAAUUUUAAUGACUAUCAUUGAGCAUGCAAGUUUAAUUUUAUUUCAUUGUCACAUUUAUUGUAUUUAUUUAUGCAAGGAACAAUGCACCAAUCAGUCUGUCCUGUAUAAGGCUGAAUCAUCCUCAUUCUCAAACUGUAAUAUUAAUAAUAAGAACAAUAUACAAUAUAUAAUAUUGGAAAGUUG